UGUCAGGUUUAUUAUCAAAACCAGUUGACUCUGGCGAAGGCGAUAAACGCCACAGCCCGGCCUAGCGGUCACGCGUGUUUCUCUGUAAACAAAUUAUUACUUAUUAUAUAGGAAUUAUCUCAGAAACAAUAUCCUCAAAAACUACUCGUGUAUGAAAAAGCGUCAGCAGUAGCGAGUCCGAGCUGCGACCGGUGACAUUCUGCACUAACAUUAAGCUAGCGUGUCAGUGUGCCACAAAAUACUGUUUGUUGACAUGACAAUGAACUGGUUAAAGCUGAAGAAGAAAAGUAUGCCUCGAGUAUGGCCAGCGAGAGCGAGAGCGACAAAGAACAGACGGCAGAGGGCGACGAGCCGACGCUGAGCGCAGCGCAGCGCGCGCGCGCCGAGCGCAGCCGCCAGAGGGCGCGCGCGCUGCGCUCGGCGCGCUUGCUGCGGCGCGAGGGCGCGGAGCCGCCGGCGGUCGCGGCGCCCGACUGCGGCGGCGGCUUCCUGCCCGCGCCGGAGCCGCCGCCGCGCGCGGCCGCGCCCGCGCCCGCGCCGCUCGUGCACCGCAGCGUGCAGCCCGCGUGCCUGCAGUGCGCGGCGCGCUUCCCGCAGUCCUUCCUCCUCGACACCUUCGACUACAGCGUGUGCGACGCCUGCAGGGACGACGCGGGCGCGCACGCGCUGCUGCCGCGCACGCAGGCCAAGAGCGAGUUCCUGCUGCAGGACUGCGACCUGGACGCGCGCCCGCCGCCGCUGCGCGCGCUGAGCCGGCCCAACCCGCACCGCGCGCGCGCGCCGCCCAUGCGCCUGUACCUGCGCGCGCAGCUGGAGGAGCGCGCGUGCGCCGUGUGGGGCGGGCGCGACGGUCUGCAGCGCGAGCGCGCCGCGCGCGCCGAGCGCCGCGAGCGUGCCGAGCACAAGGCGGCGGGGCGGCGCCUGCGCGCGCUGCGCCUGGCCGCGCGCUCCGGCCUGUUCGCGGGCGCGCGCGAGGGGCACGAGCACGCCUUCGGGCCCGAGACGUACGACGCGGACGCCGACGAGUACCGGCGCGAGUGCGCGUGCGGACACCGAGAGACCUACGAGAAGAUGUAGGCGGCCGACCGCCGGAUGGAAACUUGUGAACUGCGCUUAUAAAUAAAAAAAAUAAACCUAAGCUGUGUCGCCUUAUCUGUCUCCACGACACCAUCGCAGCGGCCGCCCGGGAGUUCACGACUUCGCUCGCUUGGCGUCGAUCGUUGGUGUCGUGGUGACAAAUAUGCAUCUCAUUUAAAUAGACUUCAAGUCUUCAGGUAGAUCGUUCUUGGGGUGUUUGUUUUCAAAAUGUUGUUUGUAAGUCUUGGGGUCGGGCAUCUGAGCCUGCAACAAAGAAAUAUCAUUGUGAUUGCGCUGUGAGGCCGACCUGCAUUCCGCUUCACGAUUCCCGGCACACGGUUACCUUACAAAUGGCACAAACGUGCACCAGAGCUUUCUGCGCAGCCUUCUUCUGUUCCGUGGCACUGUGCCCCUGCUGCUUCUUCAGUUUGGAGAUCUUCUCCGCAGCCUUGGCCUGUGACUGCAGCUUUUGUUGUCCGCGAGCCAUUCUGCUUCAACGAUCUAUCAAAAAGAAUACUAGUUAAUAUGAAUUUUAUUAUUAAUAAUUUUAUUAGCUUACAUGGAUACACUAUUUUUCUAUCAAAGUGAAUAAAAUUGAAACUCUAAAAUUGGGUCUAGACCUGUCACUGCUGUACAUCUUAAUUUUUUAUAAUAACUUCAUUUUAACUAUAAAUCAUAAUUGUUAAGGUUAUUUUUUUUAUACACAACUUUUUACAAUAAAAUAAGUGGUGUAUCUACCACUUAUUUAUUUAUUUAUUUUUAUCCAUGAAACAGUCAAGCUUUGCUUUGACUUAUGUGCACUUCUUCCCAAUUCUUACCCUACCCCCAUCCCCACCCUACCCUACUGUACCCUGCCCCUACCCUACCCAUACCCUACCAUACCCCUGCACUACUCCUGAAUUCAUUUGUUACAAAAAAUGUGAUAAAUGAAGAACUGCUUGACUGAUUUUGUGCAAGUUUCACAUAAACCAUCUACUAAAUAGUCCGAACAAAGCCUAAACAUUUAUUUAGGUUUUUGGAUAGGUGAGCCCAUUUGUGAGUUCUAAAAUGACAACGAAAAGCGGCAUUGAUUUUUAUAUAUAUAAAAAUAAAAAUAGUGAAUAUUUUAUAUAUAUAUAUAUAUAUAUAUAUAUAUAUAUACACAGUGUGUUUUAAAAAUACCGUCCGAUCCAAAAUAUGCGUGUAAGCAUAAUAAUAUUAUAAACAGAAAAAAUAUUUAAAAAAAUAUUAUUCAAUAAUUAAGCAUUUUUAUCGUGAUAAUAAAGUUUCUAAUUUUAAACAUAAAACUUGGAAAACUUGGAAAAUUUAAAAAGUGACAACACUGUACUAUCAAUUAUGGUACGUAUAUCUAGAUUAUUACCUCCUACCUACACAAAUGUGGCACAAAAGUCGGCAAAAUAGAAAGCCUUUUGACAAUGCCGCGCCGCAUAUCGUAAAGGGUAGGUAGUAGGUACCAUCGUUUUCGGCGCCCACUGUCUUUGAAACACCGCGCCGCCACGUGCAAUGUCUGUAAUGCUGUGUUUAGUUUGCUUGCGCCACUCGCCCAAAAUGCAGACUUAUUAUUAAUUAGUAGUAUUUGCGACAGAGCUAUUACUGUGUUCCAGAGUAAAAGGCAUAGUUUCUGGUGUAAUGUAUGUUCAAGGAGUGGAAAAUGUGGAAAAUGAUCGACUUACCAUUAAUUCAUCUGCCAUCGUCCAUCUGUGUAAAUUAACUUUUCGUGUUUACACACAUCACAACACGCCAGUUAUGCAAGCACGCAUGCAUGCUUGUACAUAGCACAAGAUGAUAAAGCACCUUGACAAACCUAUCACCUUGUUGAGUGUACUUGUGUGUUUACUUGCCCAUCCAAUACCGCUUUGAAUAGAAACGUGUAAACGCAGCACAAAACAUAGAUGGCGGCGUUUUUAUUUUGUAGUAAUGCCUACUAAUAAUUAACCUAUCUCAACUUUUGUGUUGCCAUGAAGUUUUUUUUAUGUUGAUUUCGUGCAGGGAAAAAAAUGUAUUUCUUUAAAAAUAAGGACUGCAUAAAAAUAAUGUAUACACAAUACCUAAGUACACCCUUAAGGGGCGGACGGUAUUUCCUAUAACACACAGUAUAUAAAUGCCAAUAGUCCACCACUCUGGCCCAAUGUGGAUCGUCUCCUUAUUUCCUUUUGAUUGAUUCUCCUUUCAGACUGAGAGGAGUUAGGCCUAUUGGCCUAUACCUCUCAUUUUCGUCUGCCACUGCCAUGGAAUUCUAUGACGCCUAAGUUUUUAGAUUCAUUUUAAAAGUACUAUUUAUGUACUAAAUUUAAAAUUAAUCUAAAUCUAAUCUAUAUUUUUAUUAUAUAAAUAUAAAAGGUGGGUAAUAUUUAAUUUAAAUAGAUUUAAUAUUAUUGUAAAUACUUUCAUAAUUUUGAAGCCUACUUGAAAUAAAUAUACUUUUGUAAGUUUG